AUGGGCGCAUGCAGCUCUAAGGCGCAGCACCAGACCCGAGAUCCGGAGCCACGAGAGCAGCAGGCUGCGCAAGAACAGAAAUCCACAGGCCCGAGCGGCGCUCCUAACGACGCUCCCGCACCUGCUGAGGCGGAGAGGAAGAUGUCGGGGUCAAGCGCCACAGCUCCCAAGGGCGAAAUGCCCACAGCCAGUACGGGCACCCCGGAGCAGCAGCAGCAGCAGCAGCAGCAGCAGCAGCAGCAGCAGCAGCAGCAGCAGCAGGAACAGCAGCAGCACCCCGAGCAUCAGGCUUCAGAGAAGCCGCAGCAGCACGGGGAGGAGCAGCAGCAAGAGAGGAAACCCUCGCAGCAGCAGCAAAAUGAAGAAGCAGCAGCACCCCACAAGCACGGUGGAGAGCGAAAGGUCCAGAAGGCAAUUAAGCAGCAGGAAGACACUCAAGCAGAAGAUGCGAGACUACUGGGUCACCUCGAGAAGCGGGAGAAAACUCCUUCGGACUUGUCUUUAAUUCGGGAUUCUCUUUCAACUAAUUUAGUUUGUUCUUCUUUAAAUGACGCGGAAGUGGAGGCUUUGGCGAACGCGGUGGAGUUCUUCACUUUCAAAAAGGGAGACGUUGUCACUAAACAGGGGGAGAGCGGCAGUUAUUUCUUCAUUGUCCACAGCGGGGAGUUUGAGGUGAUUGUGAACGACAAAGUGGUGAACAAGAUUCUCACUGGCCAAGCCUUCGGGGAAAUUUCUUUAAUUCAUAAUUCUGCAAGAACUGCAACAAUCAAAACCCUCAGCGAAGAUGCAGCUUUGUGGGGCGUCCAGCGACAAGUCUUCAGGGAAACCCUGAAGCAGCUGAGCAGCAGAAACUUUGCCGAGAACCGACAGUUCUUGGCUUCUGUGAAGUUCUUUGAGAUGUUGACGGAGGCCCAGAAGAAUGUGAUAACCAACGCACUGGUGGUGCAGUCUUUCCAGCCCGGCCAGGCCAUUGUUAAGGAAGGAGAAAAAGGAGAUGUUCUUUACAUUUUAAAAAGUGGCAAAGCCCUCGUGUCCAUCAAAAACAAAGAAGUCCGAGUUCUCCAGCGGGGAGAAUACUUUGGCGAGCGGGCGCUGCUUUAUGACGAACCUCGAAGUGCAACAAUAACAGCAGAAGAACCGACAGUUUGCGUCUCCAUUGGCAGAGACCUUUUGGACAGGGUUUUGGGAAAUCUGCAGCACGUGCUUUUCCGCAACAUUAUGCUCGAGGCACUGCAGCAGAGCAAGGUCUUCGCCUCUUUUCCGACGGAGCAGCUGAGCCGCUUAAUUGGUUCUGUGGUGGUUAAGGACUAUCCCGAGAAUUAUAUAAUUUUGGAUCGAGAAAACCGCACAAGGGCGUCGGCGUCGGCGCUGUUCUCGGCGCAAGGCGUGCGUUUCUUUUUCGUGUUGGAGGGAGAGGUUUCUGUGUUUGCCUACAAAGACAAGUCCAGCAGCAGCAGCAGCAGCAGCAGCAGCAGCAGCAGCAGCAGCAGCAGCAGCAGCAGCAGCAGCGCGGAAGGGGAAAUGGAGCUGCACCUCAUAGAUACCCUAAAAAGGGGACAAGCUUUUGGAGAUGAAUAUGUUUUGUCUCCGAACAAACCCUUUGCGCACUGCGUCAAGAGCAACGGGCCGACGAAGCUGGCGCUGCUGACGGCUAGCGCGCUGACCGCCACUUUGGGGGGACAAGACAUUGACGAAACCCUCGACUAUAACAACAAAUUAGCGAUUACGAAAAAGAUGUAUAUUUUUAGGUAUUUGUCGGAGCAGCAAACGCAAACCCUAAUCAAGGCCUUCAAGACCGUCAGAUACACUCAAGGGGAAUCCAUCAUUCGGGAGGGCGAAAUAGGGUCUCGGUUCUUCAUCAUCAAGCUUGGAGAAGUGGUGAUUCUGAAGGGCGAAAAGCGCGUGCGCACGCUGGGCCGCCACGACUACUUCGGCGAGAGGGCUUUGCUGCACGACGAGCGGCGGUCUGCAACAGUAGCAGCAAACAGUCCGGAGGUGGAUUUGUGGGUUGUUGACAAAGAUGUUUUCCUCCAAAUCGUCAAAGGGCCCAUGCUCACCCACUUGGAGGAGCGCAUUCGCAUGCAAGACACCAAAGUCGAAUUCAAAGACUUGGACGUUGUCCGAGUGGUCGGCAGAGGUAGGGUUUAG